AUGGCAGAGCUUUCCAACUCCACAGAAACUAGCAGAACUGCCGAUGAAACCAAUAAUAUCAACAAGAUGUCUGCCGCUGCAAUUCUUGCUCCUACUACUACAGUGGACGACGACAAGGAGAGGAGCCAGAGUCUGCAUAGUAAUGGCAAUAGCAUUGAUAAAGCCCCGUCAAGCUCAACCAUCCCAAGCGCCGCUGCUACAUCGUCAUCACUACCGUCAUCGUCUUCGUUCUUGAACAAAGAAGAUGUCUCCUCCUCAAACUCAAGCACAGAUUCAAACAAAGAAGAGGCCUCAACCUCAAACAAACCCGAACACAAGGAGGCAAAACCCAAUACAGACGAAGAAGUUAACGAGGAGGAGGAAGAACCCACCACCACCACCAACAAAAAAGCAGAAAAUCAUAUCCACACUCUGGAGGAGCUCCGCACUUCAGAAGAGGAAGAGAGCAAGAGAGAUACACACAACAAGCCCUUUGAUGCUGAAGCGUUCUUUAGAGUGUGGUCGGGGCCUAGUAAUGUCGAGGGGGUACAUCGGUUGAUUGAAGAGGGGAGGGGAAAGAGGAGAAAAGAAGAGAAGUAG